CUUACUCACUUCGACGUCUUAUUCUCUAUUAAUUCAGUCAUGGCUUCCGCUGUUAUCCCUCCCGGAGGAACCUGGUUCGACUCUAUGAAGAAGUCCUUCGCGGACGUUCCUAUCGACGCUACCAAUCAUAAUGCUAUCUCUACGACAGAGUUCCUCGAGGCUGCCGAGUCUCUGGUUGCUCUUUUUGACAUCCUCGGCUCUGUUGCUUUCAAGCCCGUCAUUUCUGAUUUGACCAACAACAUUAAAAAAAUCAGAGAUAGACAGCUCGCCGCCCCAGCUGAAUCGGAGACCCUUCAAGAUCUUGUUCGCAAUGAACUGAAGACCAAGAAGCACACCGCUACCGAGGGGUUGCUCUGGCUUAUUCGUGGCCUUGACUUCACCGCUCAAGCCCUCCGUCACAACAUCAAUGACCCCGCCUCCGAGCUAUCUGUCUCCUUCCGUGAUGCCUAUGGCAAGACCCUGAAGCCUCACCACUCUUUCGUCAUCAAGCCUAUCUUCAGCGCCGCCAUGUCUGCGACCCCGUAUCGCAAGGACUUCUAUGCAAAGCUUGGGUCUGACCCCGAAAGGGUCAACGAGGCCUUUAACCGUGAGGUUGAGUCUCUGGAGAAGGUCGUUGCUAUUCUGAAGGCUUUCCUCGACACUAAGGAGGCGAAGUGGUAACAAUACCUCGAUAAGCUGGUUCCUGAAGCACCUGGAGUGUUGGACCUUUGACCGGUUCGGGUCAUUUUAUUUCAUGCACCAUAUUCAAUGUAUUGAAGAUGUAUAUUCUCAUGUAUACAGUUAUCAGCCUACCUACCUAGGUAAGGCGGUAUAUUGUGACCUCACCAAGAGUGAAUUGAAAACGGGAUUUCUGUCGAUACCUC